GCGGGGUUAAACUAAGCCGGCGAAGGAUUGCCUGGCGGGAAGGCGCUGCGGAAGCAGUAGAUGGUGGCCGAGUGCGGACAUAGCGAGUCACUUCCAUUCUCUGUCCUGCUGCCACCCUCACGUCCGCGACCAUGCCGCCCACCGGCCGAGAGCAGCUGAAAGGCCGGGUCCAGGAGCUCAUCGACAGCAACCAUGUCAUGGUGUUCAGCAAGAGCUUUUGCCCCUUCUGCAUCCGGGUUAAAGAACUUUUCACAUCGCUAGGCAGAGAAUACAAUGCUCUUGAACUUGAUGAAUGUGACGAUGGCAGUGAUAUUCAAGAAGUCCUUCACGAACUUACCGGGCAGAAAACUGUCCCUAAUGUUUUUGUUAAUAAAACCCACUUAGGCGGCUGUGAUAAAACACUUCAGGCUCACCAGGAUGGAACCUUGGGGAAAUUAUUGGAUGAAAACCAUCUAAAGUAUGAUUAUGAUCUUAUAAUCAUUGGUGGUGGCUCUGGAGGACUGGCAUGUUCAAAGGAAGCAGCUGCCCUGGGGAAAAAGGUCAUGGUUCUAGAUUAUGUUGUACCCACACCUCUUGGAACUUCAUGGGGACUUGGUGGCACCUGUGUUAAUGUUGGAUGCAUUCCCAAGAAAUUAAUGCAUCAAGCUGCAAUCCUAGGACACGCCCUUAAAGAUUCCAGGAAGUUUGGAUGGGAAUAUGAAGAAAAUGUUCGACACAACUGGGAUACCAUGAGAGAUGCAAUCCAGAGCUACAUUGGUUCCUUGAAUUGGGGAUACAGAGUUGCACUGCGUGACAAAAGCGUCCGAUAUGAAAAUGCCUAUGGAGAAUUUGUUGAACAGCACAAAAUAAAGGCAACAAACAAGAGGGGGAAAGAGGCUUUCUACACAGCAGAGAAAUUUGUAGUAGCAACUGGUGAGAGACCCCGAUAUUUGGGGAUACCAGGUGAUAAGGAAUACUGCAUUACAAGUGAUGACCUGUUUUCCCUGCCCUACUGUCCUGGAAAGACACUAGUUGUUGGUGCGUCAUAUGUAGCUUUGGAGUGUGCCGGAUUUCUUGCUGGUAUCGGCUUGGAUGUCACUGUCAUGGUGCGAUCUAUAUUCCUCCGUGGCUUUGACCAAGAGAUGGCAAAUAGAGCUGGAGAUUACAUGGAAACACAUGGAGUGAAAUUCAUCAAACAAUUUGUGCCUACUUCGAUUGAAUUGCUGGAGGAAGGAACUCCAGGAAAGCUAAAGGUUGUAGCAAAGUCAACAGAAGGCGACCAUAUUAUUGAAGAUGAAUAUAAUACAGUGUUAAUUGCAGUGGGGAGAGAUGCGUGCACAAGAAACAUUGGCCUAGAGAAGAUUGGUGUUAAAAUUAAUGGAAAGAAUGGAAAAGUUCCUGUCAAUGAUGUGGAAGAAACAAACGUGCCUUAUGUCUAUGCUAUUGGGGACAUCUUGGAUGGAAAGCUUGAGCUGACCCCAGUGGCAAUCCAGGCAGGACGUCUUCUGGCCAGGAGGUUAUAUGGCGGCUCCACUUUGAAGUGUGAUUACGUUAAUGUUCCAACAACUGUGUUCACUCCUUUGGAAUAUGGCUGCUGUGGGUAUGCAGAGGAGAAAGCCAUUGAGCUUUAUGGCCAGGAAAACCUUGAGGUUUACCAUACACUCUUCUGGCCACUGGAGUUUACUGUUGCCAGUCGUGACAAUAAUACUUGUUUUGCAAAGAUAAUCUGCAACAAACUUGAUAAUGAUCGAGUCAUUGGGUUCCAUGUUUUGGGACCAAACGCUGGGGAGAUCACACAAGGCUUUGGUGCUGCCAUGAAGUGUGGUUUGACUAAAGAGAAAUUGGAUGAAACCAUAGGCAUCCACCCAACAUGCGCGGAGGUGUUUACAACCAUGGAUGUUACCAAAUCUUCAGGAGGUGACAUUACUCAAAAAGGCUGCUGAGGUUAAGCCCUGCUGUUCUCAUUCCCUGGAUUUUGUGCCUCUGUUGUUGGCCAACACAAUAUUUAAGUUACCUCAGGAAAAAACACAAUUUUUCCUCUACUAGGGGACCUGCGACUCCUGUCAGGUUGAUAUACUAGUAGAACAAUAAACUUAAGUUGGUGAAAACUCGUUGGCUAGCCCAGGGGUAGAUGUUCGGGGCAAAUAGAACAGCAGGGUAACUGCAAAUUCCGGAUCUGAACCAGCUUAAAGUGAAUUGUCUUCUCAAACUGCUUUUUAAUGAAGUCUUUACUCGUCACCUCUAAUAGAGGAGAGUUCUGACCGAUCACUUGGCUCAAUCCGGAUUUCAUCUUCCAGCUCUCAACUAGGCAUCUGGACCAUAUUUCCUCAUGACUAAGCAUGUCUGCUGACAGAGCAGCACUACAGUUCUUGUAGACUACUCAUGAUAAUGUUGCCUGUCUCUGAUUUUUGGUUUGGUUUUGUGUUUUUGUUCUUUACUCACCCCACUCCCUCUGCCCUCUUUCUACAGUUUUAGUGUAGUAUAUUACAAAUGAUUGUACAUACAAGAUAUUUUGAGAAAUGUUUGUGUAUAGACUAGCCAAACAUUCAGACAUUAAGGAUGCUGCUAUUGCAGUGUGUAUUGUAUCUGCAACAAAGCUGGGCUAGAACUGCCUGGUUGACUUUUAUUUAUCUAGACCGAAUCAAAUGAAACGACAGGCUUUUCUGUAUUUCACGUAAAAUAUCAAAAGUCAAAACUAUGUUAGUCUCUAAUUCUUAAUCCUUUUGGUACCCCAUGAAAGUGUGAAUUGUACAGACUUGCGGAAUUAUUCCAUAAUGAAAUAAUUUAGUGGUUUGUUUUUUAAUUGGUACUGUUUUUUUUUUAAAACUUCCUUUGGAAAUGUUGCUGACUAGUUGAUCAAUGUUAAAUACUUUAUUUUCACUCCAGUAAGUUGGUUACACAGCCCUCAAAAGAGAAAGUAAGGUAACAGAAUUAUUUGUAAGUUUUAUAAAGCCAUUUUCUUCCUGUGCCAUUAAAUUUAGGGUUGUGCUUAUCUUUCUCCUUCUCCCCCCUCCCCCCCAUAUUUCUCCUUACUUUAAAGCUUCACUCCAAACUCUCCCUGUAGUUUUGCUACAUGAUCAAGCUGUCACCUAUUACUAUAUCAUAAAUAAGAUUUUGGCUGCCCAGAUCUGAUGACAGGUUUACCAAAUAUUACUGCACCUUUUAAGACAAAUGUUUUCUAAGCCAUUCAUCAUUAGAAGUUGACAUGUACCCUUUGGAAAUAAUGCAGACUCAAAACUUUGUACCCUGUUCUGCAAUGUCUGUAUCCAACGGAUCAAUAAAAUACAUUAACUUAUUAA